AUGGCUCGUACAAAGCAGACCGCCCGUAAAUCCACUGGAGGAAAAGCUCCAAGAAAACAACUUGCCACCAAGGCCGCCCGUAAGAGCGCACCUGCCACUGGUGGAGUAAAGAAGCCACAUAGAUACAGGCCAGGAACAGUCGCUCUUCGUGAGAUCAGAAGAUACCAGAAAAGUACUGAACUCCUCAUCAGGAAACUCCCCUUCCAGAGAUUAGUUCGUGAAAUUGCUCAAGACUUCAAGACUGAUCUACGUUUCCAGAGCUCUGCCGUUAUGGCCCUCCAGGAAGCCAGUGAAGCUUACCUCGUUGGUCUUUUCGAGGACACCAACUUGUGUGCAAUCCACGCCAAGAGAGUCACCAUCAUGCCCAAAGACAUCCAGUUGGCUCGCAGAAUCCGUGGAGAACGUGCUUAA